CGACGCGCCAGUGAUCGCGAGAACACGAAGGCGAGAUUCGAGGCACGGAGCUGGGUAGUGAUGUGGUUUGGACGUAGCGUCACAAACCCCGCGAACUGACUCUUUUGAUCAUCAGAAUUUGACCGGUUCGGUCCAGUGACACUGGGAGAGUCCGGAAGAGCCGUGUGACUAUUUUAAUUUGUCCCGUUCAGGUGGAAAAAAGCCGACGGAAGUCUCGGAGAAGGGCUCUAGUGCGCAUGCUUUACCCCCCCCCCCCAAAAAAAGAAAAAACUAAAAAACUAAACAAAACAACCAUGAACCAACAUGGCGGACGAUUUUCGGGAAAUUCGCCAAGUGGAAAAGUUUAACAGGAAAGAAGAAGACGAUCUUUCCGGUUCUCCUUAAUACAUCCAUCAGUCAGAGAGGAGACCAGGACCACCACAAGAGCGUGAAGAAGGAGGACAACCAGGACCCGGAUUUCAUCGGCCAGGAACACCACAAGAGCGGGAUGAAGGAGGAGAACCAGGACCCGGAUCCCCGGAGCAACGAGCCCGCGGGUCCCGCCGGUCUACAGAAACGGAGAGGAAGAAAUGGACUUAAACAUCACUGCUGUCAGCACUGUGACAAGACCUUCACAACAUCUACAUGUUUAAAAAUUCAUCAGAGAGUUCACACAGGAGAGAAACUGUACAGCUGUGACCAAUGUGGGAAAGCUUUUGCUGAUAGGAAUUACCUCAAACUCCACCAACAUAUUCACACUGGAGAGAAACCAUAUAGCUGUGACCAAUGUGGAAAAACAUUCAUUCAAAAGAGUCACUUAAACGAACAUCAACAUAUUCACACAGGAGAGAAACCGUACAGCUGUGACCUAUGUGGGAAAGCUUUUCCUCAAAAGAGUAAACUCAAAAUUCACCAACGUAUUCACACUGCAGAAAAACCGUACAGUUGUGACCAAUGUGGGAAAUUGUUUGCUCAGAGGAAUAACCUCAAACUCCACCAACGUAUUCACACUGGAGAGAAACCGUACAGCUGUGACCAAUGUGGGAAAGCUUUUCUUCAAAGGAGUAAACUCAAAAUCCACCAACGCAUCCACACUGGAGAGAAACCAUACAAGUGUAAGCAAUGUGUGAAAGCUUUCACUACAUCACAUGGCUUACGUGACCAUCAACGCUUUCACACUGGAGAGAAGCCAUACUGGUGUGACCAAUGUGGAAAAACUUACACUCAAUGGAGUGGCUUGAAAAAACAUCGACAAACUCACACAAUUCAUACUGUGGAAAAAAUAUAGGUCUGUGACAAAUGUUGGAAAGCUUUCCCUCAUAGACAUAAACUCAAACUCCACCCAUGUGUUCCCACUAGAGAAAAACCCCACAGACGUGAUCAGUGUGAGAAAGCUUUCACUUCAUCAAGUGGUCUAAAGCUGUGGUUCAAAACCCCUGGUAAGGGUUAGAGAGAGGGGGAGAGCUGCAAACCAAAAGUCCAACUCAUUUUAAACUUUCAUGUGCAAGCACUUCUGAACAAAUUUGGAUAUCUCAUACUGUAUUUAGCUAUGCAUGUAAAUCCAUAUUUAAGGAAAUAAGGCUGGUGUUUCCGAAGCUUGUCGGGAGCUCAGGGCUCUGUUGGAAUCGGUGCCGGUUUCUUGCGUCUCUCAGGUGAUGGUGCUCCUGUCGGACUUUCGGGUGACCCACCCUGACCCACCUCCUGUUGGGAAGAGUCUUGAGCUGGAAUAAUUUUUCCGAGGAGCCAUCGCUCCAUCGUCACUUCAUGUAAUCGCUAGCAAAAAUGACUAUAACUGCUUGGUUAAGCACGAUUCUGUGGCACAGCGAAAUGAAAGGUUGUUUUUUUUUGUGUGUAUGUGUUCAAUCAGAGACUCGUGCACACUUUGAAUCUCUCUCAAACACACCACUAAAAUCUAUUCUAAGGCAAAUUAUAUCACUGGUACAGGUGAUGUAAUGUAAAAGCCACUCCCCAGUCUAAAAUAUUUUAUUUUUAAUGUUAUGUUUUUUCCACAACUGACUGGCCGCCGCCAGGAUGAGAACCACUGGUCUAAAGGACAGUUGACGUGUUCACACUGGAGCGAAACCUUACUCGUGUGAUCAUUGUGGGAAAUCUUUCGCUAUGGGCCCUAGAACUUCACCAGUGUGUUUACUAAGGCUGCCUCCUAAUAGGCGAACGUACGUUAGUCGUCGGGUAGAGUCUUAGUCAACCGAGUUUUGAUUUCCAUGUCGAUUUCCAUGUCAGUGCUGUGUUAUGAUAUUAUUAAUAAUAACAGACCCUAUUUGUCAGAUACCUGAUCAGAAAAUACUGGAGUACACCA